UUACAUUUGUAAAAAAUUACAACACGCCGUUAAUAUGUUCUUAAUUUGUCAGCCAUUAUCGAUGAUGUUAAUCAAGUAAAAAAAAAAGUGACUUGAUAAACCAGCUUUGGAGAAGACUGGUUUCAGUUUAUUCUGUGGCAUUUGUUAGUGGUUUUAGUGAGGUGUUGAGGAUUCAGCUCUAGCCCCUGCCCCCAUCAGAUCCCGGGAAUGUCACACCCUCUCAGACAGACCCCAACAGCUGUAAGGAGAGAGAGAGCGCACAUGGCACUGGCUAUUUUUAGAAUUCAUUCAGACUAGAACAUCUCUCUCCUUCUCUUUCCCUGGACGUGUUCCUUCUGGAUCUCUCCUCGGCUGAAAGUUCUGGAGAAGUUUCACAGCGGCUGUGCGAGUUCAUAAGUACCUGAGACGAACGCAGAACAGAGUAUACAAACAGAGAAAAGAGACCAGUGAUAAAUCGAAAGUCAACCUGAAUAACAAACAGUUCAACAUGGCUCUACUGUGUUACAACAGAGGCUGCGGGGGUCGAUUUGAUGCUGACAAAAACUCAGAUGAUGCCUGUCAGUUUCACCCCGGAGUGCCAAUCUUCCACGAUGCCUUAAAGGGCUGGUCCUGCUGUAAAAAGAGGACGACAGAUUUCUCAGAGUUCUUGUCAAUCAAGGGUUGCACCCGUGGGCGCCAUAGUGACGAGAAGCCUCAGGAGCCUCUGCAGCCGGAGGUGACGUCUGAUAAGGGAGACGUGAAGCAGCACAGUGGAAAGGAAAUGAUCUACCAGGGACCCAAAUCUGCAGAAGCCCUGGAAAAAGAGAGACCCAGCUCAGAUGAGCCACAGACAAAGCUGCAGGUGAAGAUCUCUCCCUCUCUGACUCAGAUCAUGGAGAAAAUGGAGAUCACUGAGAGGGAGAAGAGAGAGAAGCUAGAGAGUCAAGUCAUCAUGGCUGGGGUUAAGUGCAAGAACACAGGAUGUAAAACAAUUUACCAGAGUCCAGAGACGAAUGCAGAGAUCUGCACAUAUCAUCCCGGGGUCCCCGUCUUCCAUGAAGGAUACAAAUACUGGAACUGCUGCUGCAUAAAAACCACUGACUUCAACGCCUUCCUGGAUCAGAAGGGCUGCACAACAGGAAAACACUGCUGGAUCCCCAAACAGGACAAAAAGAAGGUGGCUUGCAGGCAUGAUUGGCACCAGACGGGAAACCAGGUCGUGGUCACAAUCUACGCCAAGAACUCCAGUCCAGAGCAAUCCUACGUGGAGGCAAACCGCACAGUGUUAACAUGCCACAUUCAGUUUGAGGGUGACAAAGUGUUUCAUAAGGACAUCCACUUAUGGGGGGUGAUUGACGUGAAGGGCAGUUUUGUAAAUAUGGUGCCCUCUAAAGUUGAGGUGACCAUGCGGAAGGCUGAUGCUGUAGCCUGGGGGAAACUUGAGGACCCCAAACACAAACCUGAGCCAGAGGUCAACAAUGAGAUGAACACAGAACAGGAAGACGUCAAACCCGACUGGUACAUCUCAGAUGAUGACAUCAGUGAGUCUGACUUCGAAGACGAAGAGGAGAAGGAAGAGAGUGAGGAGAAAGAAGAAGAAAAUCAGGCAGGUGAUGGACCACCUGAGCUAGAAGAGCCUGCUGCUGUCCCCCCAGAAAAAUGAACAUUUAUUCUGAGGAGUAACGGUUGUGUUUCUGAGCUUAUGUAUUUGUUUACAAUAUCACAAGGGAUUUAUAAAAAUGUGGGGUUAGCCUUUUUUUUUGUCUGCUAAAAUAUGUUAGUGUGUGCUUAAAAGUUAGAGAAGUCUUAAAGGGGUCAUAUGAUGCGAUUUCAAUUUUUCCUCUCUCUUUGGAGUGUUACAAGC